UAAGAAUUGAAAAGCGGGAAUUUUGUAAACAAAAAAAUUGAUAAAUAACAGCUGACAUGGAUUCGUUUGAAAUAGAUGUUUUCAAGAAAAGUAUUGAGACUAUUAUUACGUCUGAAAAUGGAGAGUGCCUUGUUCAAGAUGUCAUGCUUACUUAUAUAAAAAAUAAUUCAUCAGAUUUCCCAAAUCUCAGUAUUUUAAAAGAUUUGCUUCCAAUACAUUUUCCCGUCAUUGUUGCGCACAAGCCUUUCAAUAAAAAUCCUGUCAAACCAGAACAGAGUACUUUCUUUGAAGACACUAUCUACAAAGAGAAACCCACCAAAAAACCUUCCUAUGGUGAUGUAGAAGGGUCACCUCUUAAACUGCAAACAUAUGCAGAUUUUUCAGCCUUUGACGUCAGUUCUUUUGACUGUACAACACCUAAGUAUGAUGUCACCAUAGACCCAGAAGACUUAAAGUUUGGGAUUCCAUUAAAAGUAGCCAGGAAGUUGACAAACAUUUUCAAUAGGGUAGUAAAUUCUUCAAUGAAGAGUGUACCAUCAUCAAAUAGCAACCUGUAUCAUGCUCUUCUUUGUUUUUGUGAUGGCAGUGACAGAAAGAGAAUUGGAUGUGUAUACACUCAAAAAUUAUAUUCUGAAAACAAGGAAUAUGUUGGACUUAAAUCCUCCAUAAUCAAAAUAGUUGACCCAGUACCGAAUAAUGCACAUCUGCCAAGUUUGAAGAAAAAAGAUUUUUCCAGAUGUCAAGUUACAUGCAAAGCUACAUAUGACAUUUUAAACGAUACAAGAGAGGUAAAUCAGCUUGAUAUUAAAGACAAUUACAGAUACAGAGGAUCAUUGAUGCUGGAUGUGUCCUGGUCCCGAUCAGUCCCCAAUCUUGAUCUGUUGCAUCCACCACCACCAGAGGCCACAACCACAAUUAAAGCUAAUGUAAUACCUGGAAGUAUGAAAAGUGCGGCUCAUUCACUCUACCAAGAAUUGUCUGUGUUAAGAAAUUUUAUAGAAGGCUUACAGUCGUCACAAAUCACCUGGAUUCCAGAGGAAGAGAGAAAGGUUCAUAUAAUGAAAUCUGUUAAGGAGUUGUUUGAUAAGUUGAAACAAGGAGAUGCUUAUUCUAAAGAAUCUGACAAAAAAUCUACCAACACUGACACUGAUAUGACUGAAGGGUCCAGUAAGUUUGUACUGAGUGAAAGAGAUAAUUUCGACUUUACAGAUUACCUAUGGAAGAUACUCUCUAACUGCACAUCAUACCAGGAGCUCAUUGAUCCCUUUAGGUAUAUAUUUACAGCAUUAAGUAAUGGAGAAUUACAACCCAUGGUACAUAGAGGUAACAACACUAUGGUAGCUCAACUUGUGCGUGAUUCAUUUUCAGGAAAGUUACGAAUCCCAAACCUGGCUGGGUUAUAUCCUGUAGAGCUUCUGGUAGAAAUAGGAAUUGAAAAGCUACGACAGGACUACACUUAUGCAUUCUUGUCCAAAGAUCUGGCUACCCGUGAAAACCUAGAGCCAUUUUUAAAAUCAGAAAGUGAUUUCAGCACACAGCUGGUCCAGCUUGAGAAGAUGCACUCUGUGAUUGAGAUGAUUGCAAUGUUUCAGUUCUUCUUACAGAUCCCUCUUUCAAGUCUCAGUGCCAUAGCUAGAGAAAUGAUUCACUACUAUGAAAGAAAUCAAAUUUCUAAUCAAUAUAUUUUCAAAUUCAUCGUUCCUACAAGUUCAGUUAUCAAAGAUCUAGAAGGUUGUCCACCGUCAACCUGGCAACUUGCAUCAACAAAGCUAGUAGAAAACAUGAAAGAGACAAUGACAUAUUUACUGACUUCAGACCCACCUUUCAAACAUUUACCUGUAAAUGACACAAAUAUGAACAUGAAAGAAGAUGUGAAUGAAAAUGACACCAAAAUUGAUGAUACGGUUAGUGCUGAGAAAAUGAAAAGACCUUACUUUCUGGUGAACAAAAUGGAAUGUGUCAGUGUGUUAAUUUAACUUUACAAAACAUAAUAUUUGUAAUUGUACUAUUUUUAUUCUUGAUGUACUUGUAUAUUAUGUAUAUUUUAUUUAUCAUAAUUAACUACUUAUACAUUUCAUUGAAGUAAUUUAGGCAAACUGAUGUCAUAUUUAUAUCUUUAUUUGUAUAAAAACAUUACUUCUUGAACUAAACUCAGAUAUUCUGGACAUUUAAUAUCACAUAUACAUGUACCUACACUGAACAUUACCAUGCACCUCUUUUCUUAACUUUUUCAGAAUAUUUAUUCUCACAAUUGAAAAUAACAUAAAAGCUUUUAACUCUGUUGUACAAUGUAACCCUUUGAAUAAUUUUAUAUGUGUUUACCUGUUGUCUGCUCUUUGGUCGGGUUAUUGUCCCUUUGACACAUUCCCCUGGUCAAUUUCCUUUCUCAAUUUUACCAUGAUAAUAUACAUACAUCGUUGAAAAAAAUAGGAUAGGUAGGUAUAGAUUUUUUUUAAUUUUUCCGUUAUUUUUACAUUGAGUCUAUAUAUCAUUUCUGAGGGAGGCCCAUUCUGACUUUGAAAGUGCUUAUUGAAAAACGACCAAAAUUUUUUUGGGGAGCUUAAUAAAUAAGGAGAGAAGGGUAAUAUGAAACACACAUCUUUUUUAUUUCAAUAUUUGGCCUUAUGUUAAAUUUCAUUCUGUUGGGUUUACAAACAUGUACAUGUAUACUAAUGAUACAUGUUUGGUCAGAUGUUUACCAUGUUGUGCAGGUACACAACAUUCAGGGAAAGGCAAAUACAUCAUACAUGUAAUACUUUUCAGAGAUCAUUCCCUUGGAAAGAAUAGCAUUAAGUUAAUGCUAUUCUUACCAAGAGAGUGAUAUCUGGAAAAUUUAAGUAUCCAAAAUAUAAUUGGGAUAUUUAGUUUAGAAUAAUUCUUUAAAAUUGAUUGAUUAUAUACAUGUAGCCUGGCCAAAUAGAAUUAGUUAAAAUAUGUUGAAUAAAUUUUAAUCAAUCAUUGUAUGAAAAUUAAACAUUGGUUUCUUCUAUAGUCAACCGAUAAUACAAUGUACAAAGUUUACAACCCUAAUGGGAACAAGUGUUAGUCAUAAUGAACUCAUCAAUCAUGUCAAUAGGGCUCUUCAAAGUUAGUUCGGCCAUAUUGGAUAGGGGGCAGUUUUUCAUAUAAUAGGAGGUAAAAAUGGUGUGAAAAAUAUGGGAAAACAUCAUGAAAACUGAGCAGUUGCUUGGAAACACACAUAGGAUUUCCCAUACUUUUCACACUAUUUCCACCUCUUUCUAAAAAAUCUGCCCCCUAUCCAAUAUGGCCAAACUAACUGUGAAGAGCCCUAUUAAGUAUAAACAUGUAUGUAGUGUGCACUUGAUUUUAUUUACUCUUGACCUUCCAUCGUUCCCAUAUUUGUUUACACACUCUAGACUUCCAAUUCCAAAUUUUAUUAAACUCUAUACUAAGAACUAAAACUAGCAAACAGAGUUUGUAUUUUGACAAUGAGUCACUUACAGUUCUUGAGUUAUGCCCCUUUUUAUCUUGGAAUAUUACUAAUCUUGAGCAGGUAAUUUGUGUCCUCAGACACGUUUAUCUUUUUUUCUUUCUCAUUUAUAGUAACAGAAUGUUAUCACUACACUUAUGAGCAUGAUGAGGUGGUAAAAGAAAAAUCAUCACAUGUUCACUAUUGAUGUAAUUGAUGUUGAAAUAUUUGUUCAUAUUUUCAGCCUUAAUUUUUGAUGAGUCCAUUUUUGUCCAUUCUUAAAAAAAAACGCAAAAUUUCUUCUAAGGUUUUUAUAUUAACACAUGUAGUGAACUCAGAAUGUGGGUCCAAAUUUGGCACAUACAAUUUUUUAUACAUAUACAUACACAUUUUAUUUUUUUAAGUUCACAUUGCCUAUAAUCUUCUUCAAUCUUUUUCCAUAUACUGCCCACAUUAUGAUUAUUCAACUUUUUAAAUAUACUGAAGGUUGUGUGUACAGAAGCUUAGUGUCUGUUUAUUUCAGAAGCUCUGGUAAUCUUUGAACUAUUUACAUUUUGGAUGCAAUAAUAUUUUUAUGCGUAAAAUAAUGCAUUAAUGUAGAAUUUCUUAAGCACAAGUUAUAGGACAAAUCAAAUUGUAUGACUCAAUUUAACCAAUUUCAUUUUGAUUUCAACUAAGAAUAUGACUUAAAAAUGAAAAAAAGACAGCUUUACAUAACACUAGUAUAUAAGUGAAUACUUUGUUUCUAUUGCUUACCAGUAAUUUAUUUAUUUAGUAAUGUGUUUGAAGUAGAACAUAAUAAAUUCUGAACAUUGUCAAACUAGUAUCAUGAACAGAAGAAAGACACAGCUGUAUAAAUGCUGGAUUAUACAUAUUUAUUGUGUGUAAACACAAAUGUACCAUAUUUUAACACCUUUAAUAGAUAAUAUGUAAAGAUGUACAUGAUGUGCAUUUAUACAUUAAUAAAUGCCUAAAUUCCA